AUGAGUGACCGUGUGGAGGAAGAGGAGGGCAGAGCAGAGUCUGCAGUGUCCAGCUGUCUGUCCAUGAAGAGUGACUGGUCUAAAGAUUCACCUCCACGCUUCAGUGGUGAACCUGGACCUUCAGACACAAAGUAAGACAGCUGUUCCUACCACAGAGCAGAGUCUGCAGUGUCCAGCUGUCUGUCCAUGAAGAGUGACUGGUCUAAAGAUUCACCUCCACGCUUCAGUGGUGAACCUGGACCUUCAGACACAAAGGACAGGAAGAGGAGUCGAGGUGAUGUGGAGGAGCAGCUGUCCUGCUGUGCUUUGUGUCAGGAGCUCCUGAGGGAUCCAGUGUCCACCAGCUGUGGACACUGGUUCUGCAGACGGUGCAUCACCUCAUACUGGGACCAGUCUGAUCCAUCAGGAGACUCUGCCUGUCCCCAGUGUGGAGAAAGAUCCAAAACAAGACCUGGACUGCAGACACCCAGUCAAACCAGCACAGUGGACGGCGGUCUGCAGGAGGUUUUAGACAAGCAUAAGAUCAGUCUGAGGACGAGAUGUGAAUUUGUGACAGAAGGAACUGCUGCAGCAGAAACUGGAACCCCCCUCAACAGGAUCUACACUGAGCUCUACAUUACAGAGGGAAAGAAUGAAGAGGUUAAUACCCAACAUGAGGUGUGGCAGCUGGAGACAACAUCCAAGAUGGAGACCCUCAGUGACACUCCAAUCAAGUGCCAGGACAUCUUUAAACCCUUACCUGGCCAAGACACACACAUCAGAGUAGUUGUGACGCAGGGCGUUGCUGGCAUUGGAAAAACCUUCUCAGUGCAGAAGUUCACUCUGGACUGGGCAGAGGGCUUGGAAAACCAACAUGUCAGUCUUGUGGUUCUGCUUUCGUUCCGGGAGCUGAACUUGAUCAAAGAUGAGCAUUGCAGUCUUCUCCAGCUGCUCCGUGUUUUCCAUCCAACAUUACAGACGGUCACAGCAGAGCAGCUCGCCGUCUGUAAAGUCGUGUUCAUCUUUGAUGGCCUGGACGAAAGCAGGUUUUUAUUGGAUUUCCAGAACAAUGAGGUCGUGUCUGAUGUCACACAGACAUCAUCAGUAGACGUGCUGUUGACAAACCUCAUCAAGGGGAAUCUGCUUCCCUCGGCUCUCCUCUGGAUAACUUCCAGACCUGCGGCGGCCAAUCAGAUCCCUCCUACAUGUGUCGACAGGGUAACAGAAGUGCGAGGGUUCACUGACCUCCAGAAGGAUGAGUACUUCAGGAGGAGAUCCAGUGAUGAGGAGCUGUCCAGCAGAAUCAUCUCACACAUCAAGGCGUCCAGGAGCCUCCACAUCAUGUGCCACAUCCCAGUCUUCUGCUGGAUCACUGCUACAGUUCUGGAGCACAUGUUGACUACAGACCAGAGAGGAGAGCUGCCCAAGAGCCUGACUGACAUGUACUCACACUUCCUGCUUGUUCAGACACAGAGGAAGAACAACAAGUAUGGUGAGAGUCGUGACAGGAGUCAGCAGGAGCUGAUGAAGACUGACAGGGAAGUUCUUCUGAAGCUGGGCAGGCUGGCGUUUGAACAUCUGGAGAAAGGCAACCUGAUGUUCUACCAAGAAGACCUGGAGGACUGUGGUCUUGAUGUCAGAGAGGCCUCGGUGUACUCAGGAGUGUGCACAGAGAUCUUCAAAACUGAGUGUGUGCUCUUCCAGAGAAAAGUCUACUGCUUUGUUCAUCUGAGCAUUCAGGAGUUUCUCGCUGCAGUCUACAUCUUCCACUGCUACACCAAGAGGAAAACAGAGGUAUUGGCCAGAGUCAUGAGAACACGCAAGAAUCAGUUUGGUUACAAUAAGCCAUUGUUGGAUAUCUUCCUGAAGACAGUCAUGUCUGAAGCCCUGGAGAGCAAAAAUGGCCACCUGGACCUCUUUGUCCGUUUCCUUCAUGGCCUCUCACUGGAGUCCAACCAGAGGCUCUUAGGAGGCCUGCUGGGUCGGACAAAGAGCAGGCCAAAAGACAUCCAGACAGCCAUCAAAAAUCUUAAGGAGAUGAACACCGACAGUGUCUCACCUGACAGAAGCAUCAACAUCUUCCACUGUCUGAUGGAGAUGAACGACCUCUCAGUAAACCAGGACAUCCAAGAGUUCCUCAAGUCAAAGAACAGAUCAGAGAAGGAACUCUCUGAGAUCCACUGCUCAGCUCUGGCCUACAUGCUGCAGAUGUCAGAGGAGGUUCUGGAUGAGUUGGACCUGCAGGCGUACAACACAUCAGAUGAGGGACGACGGAGACUGAUCCCAGCUGUGAGGAACUGCAGGGCAGACACGGACACUGCUCUCAAUACUCUGCAUGACACCAUCAACAAACAUUAUGCUAAACACCCGGACGCAGCCCUCAUCGUGGCCGGUGACUUCAACAAGGCGAACCUAAAAAAGAAACCGUGGGUGGAUAAGUCUAUCCGCGAGGCUCUGAAAGCACGUACCGCUGCCUAUAACGAGGGACUCAUCACCGGAGAUAUGUCACCGUACAAAGCGGCAGCCUACAAGCUCAGGAAAGCGGUGAAAGCAGCUAAGAGGCGAUACAGGGAUAAGGUGGAGGAACAACUGUGCGACCGCGACAGCAGACGCAUGUGGCAAGGACUGCGGACGAUUACGGACUAUACAGGACGAGUGAACACCUCGGCUGUGGUGGACUCCUCACUGGCGGAAGAGCUUAAUACCUUCUUCGCUCGCUUUGAGGCUGGCGGCGCUAACGCUAACGCUAGCGCUGUGGCUAACGCAAUCGAGGCAGGCGGCCUGACCGGUGAGGAGGACCGCCCACUCUCGCUCUCGGAGCACGACGUCAGGAGAGCUCUGAGGCGAGACAACAACCUAGACCUGAAUGUUGACAAGACCAAGGAGGUGGUGGUCGACUUCAGGCGAGAGAGGCAGAGGAUCCACUAUGCGCCGCUCAGGAUCUACGGGACCCCGGUGGAGAGAGUAAGCAAUUACAGAUUGAGUCACUGCAGGUUGUCAGAGAGCUGCUGUGCUUCUCUGGCCUCGACUCUGAAGUCCAACCCCCAUCUGACAGAGCUGGACCUGAGUGAGAACCAGCUGCAGGAUUCAGGAGUGGAGCUGCUGUCUGCUGGACUGGAGAGUCCAAACUGCAGACUUGAGACUCUCAGAUUGAGCGACUGCAGGUUGUCAGAGAGCAGCUGUGCUUCUCUGGCCUCGACUCUGAAGUCCAACCCCCAUCUGACAGAGCUGGACCUGAGUGAAAACCAGCUGCAGGAUUCAGGAGUGAAGCUGCUGUCUGCUGGACUGGAGAGUCCAAACUGCAGACUGAAGACUCUCAGGUUGAGGAGCUGCAGGUUGUCAUGGAGCUGCUGUGCUUCUCUGGUCUCGGCUCUGAAGUCCAACCCCCAUCUGACAGAGCUGGACCUGAGUGAGAACCGGCUGUGGGAUUCAGGAGUGAAGCUGCUGUCUGCUGGACUGGAGAGUCCAAACUGCAGCCUGAAGACUCUCAGAUUGAAUGACUGCUGGUUGUCAGAGAGCAGCUGUGCUUCUCUGGUCUCGGCUCUGAAGUCCAACCCCCAUCUGACAGAGCUGGACCUGAGUGAGAACCUGCUGCAGGAUUCAGGAGUGGAGCUGCUGUCUGCUGGACUGGAGAGUCCAAACUGCAGACUGAAGACUCUCAGACUGAGUGGCUGCAGCUUGUCAAGGAGCAGCUGUGUUUCUCUUGCCUUGGCUGUGAAGUCCAACCCCCAUCUGACAGAGCUGGACCUGAGUGACAACUGUCUGGAGGAUUCAGGAGUGGAGCUGCUGUCUGCUCUGGUGGAGAGUCCACACUGCAGCCUGAAGACUACACUGGAUCCAAACACAGCGAACAGAGACCUCCGUCUGUCUGAGGACAACAGGAAGGUGACGACGGUUAUCCAGCAGCAGUCGUAUCCUGAUCACCCAGACAGAUUUGACCAGUACACUCAGGUUCUGUGUACAGAAGGUCUGACUGGGCGAUGUUACUGGGAGGUCCAGUGGAGAGGAGUGGUUUCUAUAGCAGUGACCUACAGAGGAAUCACAAGAAGUGGUGAAGACUCUGGGCUUGGAUUCAAUAAACAGUCCUGGAUUCUGAGGUGCUCUGAUUAUGAUAACAGCUACUCUGCUAGACACAACCGUGAGUCCACCAGCAUCUCUGUCCGUCCCAGUGGAUCUGACAGAGUAGCAGUGUAUCUGGACUGCUCUGCUGGGACUCUGUCCUUCUACAGAGUCUCUUCUGACAGACUGAGACUCCUGCACACCUUCAGCUCCACCUUCACUGAGCCGCUCCACCCUGGGUUUUAUUUGUGGCCAUAUGGUUCUUCUAUUGUAGUUUAGCUGCCAGUUUCUCAGAAACAAACACUGACCUGAAAGUGUUUAGAACCUGUUUGGGUGAUUUGUGGUUCAUAGUUGAUUUUUUUUUUUUUUUUUUUU